GAGUUAGUUUCCGUCACCGCUCCCACAAUUACUGAUUUAGUCAUUGUACAAAAUGGCAUCUACUUUUUGGAGUGAAUGGUUUUGGCUCCCAGAAGGAGUAACGUGGGACGAUUUAAAAAGUGAAGAGAGUGAUAAAUAUCAACCACAAGUGAAAGAUUUAAGCAUAGUUCUAUAUCUAGCAAUUUUUGUGUUCUUAAUACGAAAAAUACUCGAACGAUUUUUGUUUACAAAGAUAGGAGAAUAUUUUUGUAUUAGAGACAGAGUUCCCAAAAAAGCACCAAAAAAUAACUUAUGUGAGGAAAGUUAUAAAAUACGUAAAUUUCCUAAAGAGGAUGCAUUACUGCAAUUAUCUAAACAAACAGAUUUGUCUGUAAGACAGAUAGAAAGAUGGUUUCGUGUUCGAAGAAAUCAAGACCGUCCCAGUAUGAUGUGUCGCUUCACAGAGGCAGCAUGGAGGUUUACCUUCUAUUUUAGUAUCUUUAUGUAUGGUUUAUGGGUUUUAUGGGAUAAAGAAUGGUUUGCAGAUUCUACUUAUUGCUGGAAAGGUUAUCCUUAUCAUUAUCUGUCCUCUGGAAUAUAUUGGUAUUAUCAAAUAGAGAUGUCCUUUUACUGGUCAUUACUGUUUUCACAGUUUUUUGAUGUAAAGAGAAAAGAUUUUUGGGAAAUGUUUUUUCACCAUCUAGCUACCAUAUUUUUACUGACUUUUUCAUGGAGUUUAAAUUUUACACGAGUUGGAACUUUAGUUUUAGUGAUACAUGAUGCAGUAGACUUUUGGUUAGAGAUUGCAAAGUGUGCAAAGUAUGCUGGAUUCCAGAAAUUAUGUGAUGCUGGUUUUGCCAUCAUGGGUAUAGUUUGGUUUGUCACAAGAUUAGUUAUAUACCCUUUCAAGGUAUUAAAGACAUCUUGGUUUGAGUGCAAGGAGAUUGUUGGAAUUUAUCCGUCAUUAUAUGUUUUUAAUGCAAUGUUGCUGGUUCUACUUAUACUGCAUGUAUACUGGUUCAAGCUGAUAGUUAUUGUAGCAUACAGAGCGAUAUUUAAAAGUCACGAGGAAAUCACAGAUAUACGGAGCUCUACAGAAGAAGAAGUUAGUGAAGAAGCAGAAGUUGACAGUAAUAACACAGCUUCCUCUAAUCAUAUAGCCAAUCAUUAUGAUGGACAAAAACCUUCCAAACUUUUGUCCAGAAAUACAACUUCAAAGGCAUCAGUUGAUGACUGUUUACCCACCGACCAAUCAUCAGCCUGUAAUCAUACUGAUAAGUGAUACUCAGUGCCUCAAUAAAGGUUGUGAAAAACCUUGUCAAUGACUUGAUGACAUCAUAUAUGAGUCUGAAUGUCAGGUUUAUAUAAUUCCAGCUGGAGAUAAAUCCAAUGACAAA